UGGCGGGCGGGGGGCGGGCCGGGGGCGGGGCCGGGCGCCCUUCAUCCCCCGCCGCUGCGCUCGGCUGCAGGCAGAGCUGACGGCCCCGGCGGAGCGGAGCGCCCGAGUCCCCAUCCAAGGCCAGGCUUGUGUCAGCGUGUGGCCACUGCUCCUGGGAUCGGGUCCCUGAGCCAUGGAGGCGCCUCUGCAGACCGAGAUGGUGGAGCUGGUGCCCAACGGCAAGCAUGCAGAGGGGCUACUCCGGGUCAGCAGCCCCUCAGCAGGAAGCCAGAGGGUGGAGGGCCCCCGGCGCAGCUGCGUGGAAGGUGAAGGCUUCCUGCAGAAAGGCCCCAGCAAGGAGCCGCAGUUCACUGACUUUGAGGGGAAGACGUCGUUCGGGAUGUCGGUGUUCAACCUCAGCAAUGCCAUCAUGGGCAGUGGCAUCCUGGGGCUCGCCUAUGCCAUGGCCAACACGGGCAUCAUCCUCUUCCUGUUCCUGCUGACAGCUGUGGCCCUGCUCUCCAGCUACUCCAUCCACCUGUUACUCAAGUCCUCAGGGAUCGUGGGCAUCCGUGCCUACGAGCAGCUGGGCUACCGUGCCUUCGGGACCCCAGGAAAGCUGGCGGCGGCCCUCGCUAUCACACUGCAGAACAUCGGAGCCAUGUCCAGCUACCUGUACAUCAUCAAGUCCGAGCUGCCCCUGGUUAUACAGACCUUCCUGAACCUGGAGGAGCAAACCUCGGACUGGUACAUGAACGGGAACUACCUGGUGAUCCUGGUCUCCAUCACCAUCAUCCUCCCUCUGGCGCUCAUGCGGCAGCUUGGCUACCUAGGCUACUCCAGCGGCUUCUCCCUCAGCUGCAUGGUGUUCUUUCUCAUUGCAGUCAUUUACAAAAAGUUCCAAGUGCCCUGCCCGCUGCCUCUGCACGCUGCCAACGUCACUGGCAACUUCAGCCUCACGGACAGCGCCGAGGAGGAGACAGCAUCGCGGCUGCAUGGAGCUGAGGCCGCCGCCUCCUGCAGCCCCCGAUACUUCAUGCUCAACACGCAGACGGCGUAUACCAUCCCCAUCAUGGCCUUUGCCUUCGUCUGCCACCCCGAGGUGCUGCCCAUCUACACUGAGCUCAAGGACCCCUCCAAGGGGAAGAUGCAGCAAAUCUCCAACCUCUCCAUCGCUGUCAUGUACGUCAUGUACUUCCUGGCCGCCCUCUUCGGCUACCUCACCUUCUAUGAUGGGGUGGAGUCGGAGCUCCUGCACACCUACAGCAAGGUGGACCCCUUUGACGUGUUGAUCCUUUGUGUGCGUGUGGCUGUGCUGACAGCUGUCACGCUCACGGUGCCCAUCGUUCUGUUUCCGGUGCGUCGCGCCAUCCAGCAAAUGCUCUUCCCCAACCGGGACUUCAGCUGGCUACGGCACGUGAUCAUCGCCACUGGCCUGCUGACUGGCAUCAACUUGCUGGUCAUCUUCGCCCCCAACAUCCUGGGCAUCUUUGGGGUCAUCGGUGCCACGUCAGCCCCAUGCCUCAUCUUCAUCUUCCCUGCCAGCUUCUACUUCCGCAUUGUGCCCACUGAGAAGGAACCUGCAAAGUCCACCCCCAAGAUCCUGGCCCUGUGCUUUGCUGUGUUUGGCCUCUUGCUGAUGACCAUGAGCUUGAGUUUCAUCAUCAUUGACUGGGCCUCAGGAACUAGCCGGCAAGGAGGAAGCCACUAGGACGGCCCCUUCUGUUCCAUCUACUGGUCCUCACAGCCCUGCCAGCUCCUCAGCCCCUGCAGCCAGGGGCCAAGGGGGUGGGGAGACAUGGUCAGCACCAUGCACCCGGCCCAGCCCACGUCCUCUCUGUGGAAGGCUUUUGUUAGGGAACCAGGACCAAGGCCUUUGGGCCAUGACCCUGCUGGGCUCCUUGGGUGCAGGGGCUUCCCGAGCCGGAAGCAGGGUGGGCCUGCAGCCCCACUCCCAUCCUCUUGUCUCAGCCACUGCCCCUCCCCCCAAACCCCUGUCUUUCUGCUCAGUUGCAUGCACUGAGGCCCAGCAGCGGCCUCUGGGGGUGGGAGGGGGCCAUAUCUCCUGCUGGGGCAUGCAGAGCUGGAACAAGGUCUGCACCCUGAACCCCUGCCCGCCCCCUCCCCAGCUGCUUUCCCUCUCUCCCCUCAGCCCCUGUCAGCCCUCAGAUACUCUUGUCCCUGUGCCCAUCUCCCCUCCCCCGCAGAAGCAGCCCCACCCCCACCAGGAGCAGACUGGACACUUGGAAUUAACAGGUCCUUCUGAAGGGGAGGCUGAUGUGGGUGCCCCUAAGGGAGUCUGCCUUGCUUCCGCCACCAGUCCUGGGGAGGCUGGGCCUCCACCGCCCUCAAUCCUGGCCUGUAGCUCACAUUCCACUACCGGGGAGAAAAGAGUGUCUCUGCUCUGGGGGGCCUAAGACCCCAGGGUCCAGCCUGAGGUGAGGGAGGAGAGACUGGUGGCCCCCUUUUAUAAAUAUGAUAUGUCAGACCAGCUGUGUUUUAUCUUCUCCAUCUCCAUGGUCCCUGGGCUCCUGACCACAGGGUGGGAGGGAGUCUGUGGCUGGUCAUGGUGCCCCUCCCCCCUCUCUCCGGGCAUGAGGUAGGAACAGAGUCCCCACCCCGCUGGCCCCUGCCUCCCAAACCAGCUAGUGGCAAUGUCAGAUCCAGCUUUGGGCCUGAGCCAAGCUUAACACAGACCUGCUUUCUCACGGGGUGAGGUGGGGAAGAAUUAAUGAGGCCCCAGGAAAUGGGACAGAGCGAGGCCUCCGGAAGGAGGCAACGUGAGGUGCAUCCCCAGCAGCUUUGGGGAGGGUCUGAGCUGGGGGCAGUCAAGCCCCCCCGAAGCCUGUGCGGGGGGCCCCCCUGGCCUCCUGGGGCUGCCACAUCAACCUACUGUCAAUGCCUCAAGCCUGGGAACAAAAGUCCGGGGAUCCUGGGCCCUUCGGACUGAUCUUUUUAUCGAUAGUAAAAGGCACUCUGAAUAAAGGUGCAGUCCUGA